CGUUGCGUAAACGCCGUAAACGUCAAGUUAAAUGUUUAAAGUACAAUUUUAAAAUAAGAUCGAAAUUUGUUGCGUGUCUGUUGUGAUUACUAAAAGAUUCUUUUUAUUUAUUUCAGUUGUGAACGUAGAAUGAUAUUUGAGAUGCAACCAUUUACGACUUUCAUGAACGUGGAAAGCACCCGCUCCUACAUCGACAACUUGUACUCAUCAGACCCCGAAAAAUGUCUAAAUUCUAUAAUUUGUAUAAAAAAUUCCGUUAUUGGCUCGAACCGGCAAAAAGAAAGCGUGAUUGCUCAAGGUAUAGUGCCGCGCCUUUUGCAACUUCUUGAAGACAAAAACAUGAAAUUGGAUGUGAGGAUCGAAUCCGCGGUGACUAUUGGCUCUUUAGCUAAAGGAACGACUGAACACAGCGAAAUUCUCAUCAAUUCUGGCACUGUUGAACUCCUUUUGGACAUCUUGGAAGAGAACGAACCCCGACUUAUAGACGCGUGUUUGUGUUGUUUGCGUACUUUGUCUCUGCUGGAUUCAGCCACAGCUCAGAAUAAGUUUGAUGUGAAGAGGUUGCAGAAAUUGCUGACUUUUGCUGGGCCGGGGGAGAGUCUCCAACGACAGUCUUGUGUGGCGAGUAUUUUAGGCUCGGCGUGUAAAACACCAGUGGAACAAAACGAGUUGUGUAAUAUGGGGGCGCCGACCUUACUCGCGGCGCUUCUAUCAGUGCAAAACAGCUCAGUAAGAAUACCUGUCUUGACGUGUUUGGCUGCCAUGUGCUGGAAUAACCAAACUGUAGCAAAUGCUAUUGUCAAUACGACUUACAAAGAUAUUAAAAUUCCCAAUCAUUUGGCGACUUUGAUCAGUAGGGAUAAGCCUAUAGAAAUGCAAUUAGAAGCAGCCAAAUGUCUUACAAAUUUACACAGAGCAGGGGCUAUACCAGCAUAUGACCCUAUAAUUACUUACAGAACUCUGCCUUGUCUAGUCCGACUAUGCCAGGUUGAACACUCGGAACCACACAGAGCAGCAGCAGCAAAUACUUUAGCUUAUUUAACGGAAGUCGACAGUGAUUUGCAGCAAGUUGCUGCAAUUAGUAAUCAAUUAGUGAGCGCUUUAGUACAUUUGUUGAGUUGUCGUAGUGUUGUAGCGAGAGAAGCGGCCUUCAGAGCAUUUGCUUCUUUAGCAGCGAAUGAUGAAGAUAUAAGAAAACGUAUUAUAGAUACGAAAUGUUUAAUGGAUAGUGUGUUAGAAGGUUUAGAUGAUGAAAAUGAAAAUAUUAGACUAGCAGCUGUACGUUGUCUUCAUUCGUUGAGUAGGUCAGUGCAACAAUUGCGAACCACCUUCCAAGAUCACUCCGUGUGGCGCCCCCUGAUGGCACUUUUAACAGGCUGUCCUUCGACGGAGUUGCUCACGGCCGCCUCAUCCGCCCUUUGCAACUUCCUCCUGGAGUUCUCCCCCGCCAAAGAGCCCAUGAUCCAACAAGGCGUCGUGCAGCUGUUGGCAACCUUGACCAUCCGUCCCGAACCUUCCCUUCGCUUGAACGGCGUUUGGGCUUUAAUGAAUCUCGCCUUUCGGGCAGAACAAAGGGUCAAGUCUCAAAUUUUAACAGCCCUUGGGACCGAUCAGAUUUUCCGAUUGCUGGCGGAUUCGGACACCCGCGUCCUUAUGAAGACUUUGGGAUUGUUGAGGAAUUUGGUGUCUCCUCGGACGCACACCGACACUAUGAUGUCCCUGCACGGCCCCCAGGUCAUGCAAGGCGUCGUGUUGGUGCUGGAAGGGCCGCAUUCGCCCGAGGUGAAGGAGCAGGCGUUGUGCAUUCUGGGGAACAUCGCCGACGGGGAGAAGGCGCGGGAGCAUAUCAUGUCGAACGAGGAUGUACUUAAAAAGUUAAUCGAUUACAUGACACAUCCGGCGCCGUGUUUGCAACAAGCGUCCGUUUUUUGUAUCGAUAAUUUGUCGAGGUUGGGCGAGCCGGGCUCGGUGGAGAGGCAGAAUAAGUUGAAGGAGAUGGGGGUUGUUAAUAUCCUUCAGCAAUUGUUGAGUACUUCUGAUACGGUGCUAUAUAAUCGAGUUAAAACUGCACUCACGCAGUUUACUGAUGUAUGAAGUUUGUUUACUGUUCUAAGAAUACAUGAUCCCCCUUUCUGAUAUUAAUGUGAUGUGUAGACUGACAAGUGUAUAUUUUGUUUUUUAUUAUUAUAUUAUUUGUAAUUAUUGUUGGAUGCUGAUUAUAUUUGAUCCAAGAUCUAACAUAGUAAUUUUAUGUUAUACUCAUUUAAAAGCACAUGACACUUUUUAUUCGACGUGACAAAUAUUGACCCUGUUAACAGCAAGUUAAGAAUUUGUAGUAUGAUAGUACAUAAACUCAUUCUAAUUCUACGCUUUUAGUCAACACUUUGGCUUUUAUCGAUUUCGAUUUACAGCAUCAUUAACAAUAAAAAAAUAUUUAUUUAAAUUUGUUUUUUGAUUGCAUUCUGUAUAAAUUACCAACCAAAUAAAGUUACUAUUAACA